AUGCCGCCACCGCCUCAAUACCAGCAACACCGUGCGGCUUCUCCUGAAGCUGGCCCUACCGGUCCCGAAGAAGCGGGCGCGAAACGCAUGGAAUUUGUGGCUCUCCGUCGAAAAUUCACACGGUCAUCCUUGCCUACCAUAGCAGCAUCUCAAAAUCCUCAACAGCAACAAGGUCAGCCGAGUCGUCUUCGCUCCGCUAGUACUCCUGACAUUCACAAUCUGAAUGCUCCUGGAGCCAAAGGCGAUUCAAAGCUACCCAAAGCGAACCCAAGUGCUCCCCAACCUCCGAUGAAUCCCAUGAUCAGGGGCAAGCUCAAGCAGUUCAGCAAUCACAACGACGAGGGGCCCGCCGUCAUCGAGAAGUUUUACCAUAAGCAUCAAGACCACGGCGCCACCUACUUCUUUAACUCGACCAAGACCGACCCGGACAUGCCCGUCUGUCGCGACCGUGCCAGCAUGGCAUACUAUCUCACGCGCAACUCGGUCAAACUCUCCUACAUCGCCGACCUCGUCCACCAGAUCUGUAAUAAGAAUGGCCGAAAGGUCAUUGUUUUCUGCGACUGGCCCUCCACGGUAUGGCUAGUAGAGAUCCUCCUGAUGGUUCUGGGGUUCAAUGUUAUCAGCAUCCGUGCGAAGCAUAGGCUCAAGGACUGA